UAUGUUUUAUCUUCCAAUUUUAGAUUUGCGAAAGAGGGGGAUAGAGAUGGUGGGUUUGCGUUUCCCUUUCUUGUUUUCUCAGCCCCCGAUCAAGAAUCCACCUCCCAGAUUUCCCUCUUUCUCUUCUUCCGUCGUUGCCUGUACCCUCGUCGGAGCCGGCACAGUCGCCGUCGCUGCAGUUUCCAUUUCCAAGAACUCAUCUAAUCCAAUUCUACAAAAUACCCUCAACUUCUUCUUCUCCAAUUUCUCUCCCAACAACCCUGUUUCAUAUGGGUGGGGCUCUUUAUCCCUAGCUUCAGAUUCCCCGCCUGUCACUCAGACCAGAACAGGAAUGGCAUUUCCGUCGGUCAUUGGGAAUUCUCAGCGACUCCUUGGAGUUGGGAUGAGGAAGAAAUGUCUCAUGGGAUUGAAGAACAUCGAUGUAUACUCAUUCGGGGUUUAUGCUGAUGAUGGAGAUAUAAAGGAAGUUCUUGCAUCUGGUUCUCAAGUGAAUGGACAAAAGACAUUGAUUGAGGAUAUAAUGGAAAAUGAUAUCAGGACGACUGUUAGACUCCAAAUAGUUUAUGGAAGAUUAAGCAUUGGUUCUGUUCGUAGUGCAUUUGCCGAAUCUGUUGGAAAUAGACUGAAGAAAUUUGGUGGAUCAGAUAACAAAGAAUUGCUUAACAGCUUCACAUCUCAGUUUAAAGAUGAAUACAAGAUACCCAAAGGAUCAAUCAUUGAUAUCUCGAGAGAAAAAGGCAAUGUGCUUCGCACAACAAUUGAUGGGAACGAGAUUGGAAGCAUUCAGAGCCAGUUGCUAUGUCGUUCGAUACUUGAUCUAUAUAUUGGCGAUGACCCGUUUGAUCAGAAAGCUAAGAAGGAUGUCGAAACCAGCUUGGCUUCCCUCGUUCAAAAGUAGUAAGUUAAGGCUUAUGCUUUGUCUAUUAGUUGGACAAACCGGCACUUAUGUUAGCUAUAUGAGCUUGUGAAUUGUGAUCCUUUAUAACUACUAUUGAACUUUUCGAAAAGUAGUUCAACUCUGAAUAAUGUUAUUUCAAUGUUUUGUCAAAUCAAAUAUCAAAUUGACAAA